ACAACAAAGCAAAUGAGCAAUUCUAUUACAACAAAAAAACUUGUCCUUCAAUGGCGAUGGCAGCUAAGAAGGAAGAAAUCCUUGCUGUAAGGGAUGUUACAAAAUCCUUGUUCCAAUUCACAGAAUUCACUGUCAUAAGAUGUGUAAUCGAGCUCGGUAUUCCAGAGAUAAUCGAGAACUAUCCCGGGAAUAAGGGCGGCGUGUCGUUGGGCGAGCUGUCAAAAGCAUCGGGCGCUUUGCCGACGUUCCUCCGCCGCGUCAUGAGGUUCUUGACUCAUCGCGGCAUUUUCAAAGAGGUGAAAAUCGACGGUCAAGAUUCAUCGAUCGGUUACGCCCACACGCCAUUUUCUCGACAACUCACAAAGGAUCGUAUGGCUCCGCUAUUCCUACUCGUGAGUAGUCCCGAGAUGGUUUUGUCGAAGUUGAGCUUCGCGAAGGUCCUCUCGGCGAAUACGGAUUAUUCGAACGGUUUCGAGGCCGCGCACGGCGUCGAUCUUUGGAAGUAUUGCGCGGCAAAUCCUUCGUUUGGCGAGUUGUUCUCCAAGGGAAUGGCGUGCAUCGUUACCGACCGCGUGUCGUUGAUGCUCGAAUACUACCCGGCCGUGUUCGAGGGGUUCGGUUGUGUUGUCGACGUCGGAGGUGGUAACGGAACGACGCUCCGUACCUUGGUGAAGGCGUGCCCGUGGAUUGUCCGAGCCAUCAAUUUCGAUCUUCCCCACAACGUUGCCGCUGCAGCUGGACGCGAUAAUGGCCGCAUCGAGUACGUCGCGGGCGAUAUGUUCGUUGAAAUUCCGCGCGCCGAUGCUAUUUUUAUUAUGUCGGUACUCCAUGACUGGGACGACGAAGCAUGUGUGAAGAUUUUGAAAAACUGCAUAAAUGCUAUACCAAAGGAGACGGGAAAAGUGAUUAUUAUGGACUACGUGGUCAACCACGGCGACCCUAAAAAUAUCGACGCCGAUAAAGAAGAGUAUCGUUUGGCACUGGACAUGGAAAUGUUGGCUCAAACUAUUAAUGGGAAAGAGAGGGAUGUAGAAGAAUGGGGUGAUAUUCUAAAAUCUGCUGGCUUCACCAAAUACACCAUAAAAGCCAUUCCAGCACCCGUUUCUGUCAUCGAAGCUUAUCCCUAGUUGAGUCCUAUUAUUCGAUCUUUUCAUUUCCCGCAAAAAAAAAAAAAAAAGAAA